UUUAAUCGUUGAUUAAAGGACAAUAUUAUCGUCAAGACUUGUUGAACGUAGUAAAAUUAUAUUUAUGGAGUAAAUUUAGUAUAUAUAAUCCGAUUUUUGAUAAUUCAGUUAUUCAGAUUAUAUAACGGAAUUAAUUUUAUAAGAAAUGGCAUGCAAUACAUGUGGAGAAAACCGAUUUGCUAAUGCAGCACAACUUGAUUGUCAUAACAGAAAAAAUCAUGCGGAAUUCUCAUGCAGCUGCAAUAAGAAAUUUAUGGACCAGCAAAGUUUGGAAAAUCAUAAGCGUGAACAGCUAAGGAAUAUGAAAGAGUUUUCAUGUUCUAAAUGUUGUCGAUCUUUUAAAAGCGAGUUAAGCUUGUACCAACAUAAAAGAAGCCUGAAUCACUGGAGCUCAGGUGAAAGAGAUGAUGUCCAAAAACGACUGGGAUGUGUCUAUUGUGAUGACAGAUGCGGGCGAGUAUUUAAGUCUUUCAGAGCGUAUGAGGACCAUAAAGGAGACAUUCUUGCUAAACAUGGAUAUUCAAGGAAAACAUGCUUUGCUUGUAAAAACUCUUUUGGUAACGAAGACAGACUUAAACAGCACCAAAAGGAUACUGGGCAUAGUUCUAAAGCUAGCUCCAGAGUCAAAGAAUACUUGGAUAUAUUUUAUAAGGACAACAUAGCAAUAGACAAAACUGAACGAAAAGCUGCAGUGGCAAAAGCUGAAGAAACUGUUAGAAAAAUUAUGGCUGUAGUAACAAAAUCGGAAGACGGUGCAAAAUACAACCCGAAUUUAGAGAAGGCAGGAAGUUUUCCAACGAAGACCAAAAUAUCACACGCUGAUGAGUUUGACACUAUCGUAACAUGCAAAACUAUUCCUAUGGAUGUGAAAACGCGCGGUUAUGUUUCUUUCAAAUACCAGCAGGUAAAUAAAAAGGCAGGUAAGGCCAAUAAUAUGAACAUUGCAAGACAAAUUGAAGCGGGACAAGACUGGCUUGAAAUUCCAAUGGGAUAUGCAGCUGUAUAUGUUUGGGAGGAUACAGUUUACGCAGAUCAGACCUACAAUGGAAUACUCCUUGCAAGAGAAAUUAAAAGAGAUUUUUAUGAAAAAGUUAAAAAGGCAAUAGAAAAUUUAGGUUGGAAAAGUAAGAAUAUUUUAGCUUUAUUAAGUAAUAUUUGAUAAAACAUAAUCAUAUUUAUUAUAAUUCUUUAUUGUCCAAAGAAAGUAAGAAGUAGUUAUUUAUCACGCCCAAACAAUUUUCCAAACACAUUUUCAAAA